ACCAUCUCUCUCUCGUUUAGCAAUUGCGCUCUAAUUUCCAGUGAGAGAUGAGUUGGGCAUCUCUUUAUCUCCGUAUUAAAGCAUUUAUCAAAUUAAACAGCUGAUGUUUUUUUAUGUGCGAUAGUUUCUGGUUGGAAAUUUACAAAUUUGGUUUUUUGAAAAGUUUAUACAGAUAUCCCAUAUAACUUAUAAUCAUAAAUAGUUAAAUGUGGUAUAGUCAUAGUUAAAUUAUAUCAUAAAUAAAAUAAACAUUUUUCCUUCCAUACAUCCAACUUUUGUUGAAAUAUCACUAGCUAUUAAUUUUGUUGAAUUUAUAAUUUGAAUUCAAAAACAUGGCGCAUCGUUUACGAUUUCUCAAUUCCAAAAAAACUCUAUUCCUUCUCUGUGAUAUCCAGGAGAAAUUCCGACCAGUGAUUCCACUAUUCGAGGGGUUAGUGACCAACGCUAAUAAAUUGACCAGAGCUGGUAAAGAGUUUGAAAUUCCUCUUAUAGUGUCGGAGCAAUUUCCUGAAAAGCUGGGAAAAACUGUUCCCGAUUUAGAUAUUUCGCAUGCUGCAGCUAUUAUAAGUAAAACCCAGUUCAGUAUGCUUGUACCAGAAUUGGAAAAUAAAAUAAAAACAAUAUACGGGGAGAAGCCUUGUGAUGUUGUACUCUAUGGAUUAGAGUCUCAUGUAUGUAUCGAACAAACCGCAAUCGAUUUCUUAAACUGCGGUAUUAAUGUUUAUAUUGUUGCUGAUUGUUGCACUUCUCGUCUAAAUCAGGACCGUGAUUUGGCACUGGAACGCUUACGUGAAGCUGGUUGUAUAAUUACCACUAGUGAGAGCAUAAUUUUUAAUUUGCUGCGCGAUAAAAACCACCCAAAAUUUAAUGUGAUUCGAAAACUAGUAAAUCCGCCAUCAUUGGAUAUGCAAUUAGCUAAGUCUUCAAGUUUCUCUGGCUCUAAACUAUAAAUUACUCCGAACUAUAUCAACACUAAAUGUCAUGUGAUGCCUUAUUAUUUAUUAAUAAAAAUAUAUGUUUAAAUUUACAA